UUGCCGCUGCAUCAGGAGACGUCAGACAAGCCCGGAAGGCUGUUGGAAUCCGCCUCCCAGCGAAAAGCUCAAGUAAAUAAUUGAUGGCGAUUGACGCGGUCCAGGACAAAGCUUUGAGGAAAGCCAGUGCAUCCGAUUUCGAGCGGCUUGGGAAUCUUCUGCCGAGUAAGGGGUAUGGGAGUGCUGCGAGGACUGUGAGCUUGGCUACCGGUCUUCCAUCGCGGGCGUGGCUCUGGCCUUUUUGUCUUCUUGCCGCCCGCCCCUCCGCCUCCGCACUCCGCCUUCUAACCUUCCCUUUUGAAAGUAGCCUCUCUUUGGUUACUUCUUCGCAGUCCUCCCUUGCAAUCCUGCCCCCUCCCCUGCCCAGUCCGGUGAGUCCAGCUCUCGAAUAUCAGUGCACUUCCCGGGGAGCGUCUGGCACGGCUUGGUACCUCGCGUGUUCGCCUGCUCAGAGCCGCAGCUCCAGCCCAGCCGCGGGCCGCCGAGGAGUAAUCCGCUCUCCCGGCCGCUGAGCCUCCGCGUUAACGCCAUUGUUUGGAGAAACAGAGUGGGUGUGGAACUGGGGCGAACCGGUCCAAAGUCAAAAGUGCUCAGCCAGAUAGUCGCAUAUAUAAAACUACGAAGUUAAAGUUUCCUCGUCUCCGAAAAGACACAGUAAGAACCCUGAGGUCCCCGGAAGAUCAGAAGGAAAGCGCUGUUGAUUUGCUUCAGCUUCAAAACAUCGCCUCUGCCAAGAAAUUAGAAAGGAAGGUUGCUGGCAGUGAGGAGGGAAGAGAGUGAUCUGGUGAUGGACUAUUGUAAAUCGCUUUUGAUAGAUUCUUCCUAGACCGCAAUGAGUCAGCCACCGACGGGGGGCGCUGCCCCUGCCACAGCCGCAGCUUCUCCCCCCACAGCUGCCACUGAGGCUCGCUUGCACCCGGAGGGCAGCAGCAGAAAGCAGCAGCGUGCUCAGUCACCCGCUAGACCGAGGGACAAUUCGGUCCGACAGACCACCGCGGCCACCCGGUCCCCGGUAGGGGCUGGCACUAAACUCAAUUCUAUUCGACAGCAGCAGCUGCAGCAGCAGCAGGGCAACAAGACCGGGAGCCGCACGGCGCCUCCGGCCAGCGCCCGAGGAAGCGGAGGAGGGGCGGAGAAGGCCGCGCCCCUGGCGCCCAAGGGGGCCGCGCCGGGAGCUGUCCAGUCCUUGCCUGGUGCUGAAGCGGCCCCCGUGGCGACCCUGGCCCCGGUGGGUGUCAGGAGGCCUGGCGCGUCGGAAGAGCCGCCCCGGGAGCUAGAGCCCGCGUCCUCUAAACUCGGGGAACCCCCUCCACUAGGAGAAGGAGGAGGAGGGGGUGGGGAAGGAGGAGGAGCCGGCAGCGGCUCUGGGGAAAGGGAGGGGGGCGCUCCGCAGCCGCCGCCGCCGCCGCCCAGGGGCUGGCGAGGGAAAAGCGUACGCGCUCAGCCGAGGGGCGGCAGCGGCGCGGAGGGGGCCUCCCCCUCGCCAUCCACCUCCUCUGCGGGCAAAACCCCAGGCUCCGGCAGCAGAAACUCCGGGAUUGGCGUUGUGGGGCCUGGCGGCGGUGGCGGAGGGAGCUACUGGAAGGAAGGAUGUCUGCAGUCUGAGCUCAUCCAGUUCCAUCUCAAGAAAGAGCGGGCGGCGGCGGCGGCGGCGGCCGCGGCUCAGAUGCACACUAAGAACGGCGGCGGCGGCGGCAGCAACGGCAGCUCUCCGGUCGCUGGCGCCCCUGCCAUUUGUGAGCCCCUCGCAGUCCCUCCCACCUCCCCAAUGGCGGCGGCAGCAGAGGGCCCCCAACAGGGCGCAGAGGGCAGCGCGAGCGGCGGCGGCGGCGGCGGCAUGCAGGCAGCGGCGCCCCCUUCGUCGCAGCCGCACCCGCAGCAGCUCCAGGAGCAGGAGGAAAUGCAGGAGGAGAUGGAGAAGCUGAGGGAGGAAAACGAGACUCUCAAGAACGAGAUCGAUGAACUGAGGACCGAGAUGGACGAGAUGAGGGACACUUUCUUCGAGGAGGAUGCCUGUCAACUGCAGGAAAUGCGCCACGAGUUGGAGAGAGCCAACAAAAACUGCCGGAUCCUGCAGUACCGCCUCCGCAAAGCCGAGCGCAAAAGGCUCCGCUACGCGCAGACCGGGGAAAUCGACGGGGAGCUGUUGCGCAGCCUGGAGCAGGACCUCAAGGUAGCAAAGGAUGUAUCUGUGAGACUUCACCAUGAAUUGGAAAAUGUGGAAGAAAAGCGAACAACAACAGAAGAUGAAAAUGAGAAACUGAGGCAACAGCUUAUAGAAGUUGAGAUAGCAAAGCAAGCUCUGCAGAAUGAACUGGAAAAAAUGAAGGAGCUAUCUUUAAAGAGAAGAGGAAGCAAAGAUUUGCCAAAAUCUGAAAAGAAGGCUCAACAGACUCCCACAGAGGAGGACAAUGAAGAUCUGAAAUGCCAGCUGCAGUUCGUGAAGGAAGAAGCUGCUUUGAUGAGAAAGAAAAUGGCCAAGAUUGAUAAAGAAAAGGACAGAUUCGAACACGAGCUCCAGAAGUACAGAUCCUUUUAUGGGGAUCUGGACAGUCCUUUGCCUAAAGGAGAAGCCGGGGGGCCUCCCAGCACCAGAGAGGCUGAGCUCAAGCUGCGGCUGAGGCUGGUGGAGGAAGAAGCCAACAUCCUGGGCAGAAAAAUCGUCGAACUGGAGGUGGAGAACAGAGGCCUGAAGGCGGAACUGGAUGACCUGAAGGGCGACGACUUUAACGGCUCGGCCAACCCCCUCCUGCGGGAGCAGAGCGAAUCCCUGUCGGAGCUGCGGCAGCACCUGCAGCUGGUGGAAGACGAGACGGAGCUCCUGCGGAGGAACGUGGCCGACCUGGAGGAACAGAACAAGCGUAUCACGGCGGAGCUCAACAGGUACAAGUACAAGUCGGGCGGCCACGAGAGCGCGCGGCACCACGACAGCGCCAAGACCGAGGCCCUGCAGGAGGAGCUGAAGGCAGCUCGCCUGCAGAUCAACGAGCUCAGCGGCAAGGUCAUGCAGCUGCAGUACGAGAACCGCGUGCUUAUGUCCAACAUGCAGCGCUACGACCUGGCCUCGCACCUGGGCAUCCGCGGCAGCCCCCGCGACAGCGACGCCGAGAGCGAUGCGGGCAAGAAGGAGAGCGACGACGACUCGCGGCCGCCGCACCGCAAGCGCGAAGGGCCCAUCGGCGGCGAGAGCGACUCGGAGGAGGUGCGCAACAUCCGCUGCCUCACGCCCACCCGCUCCUUCUACCCCACGCCCGGGCCCUGGCCCAAGAGCUUCUCUGACCGGCAGCAGAUGAAGGACAUCCGCUCGGAGGCCGAGCGCCUGGGCAAGACCAUCGACCGGCUCAUCGCUGACACCAGCACCAUCAUCACCGAGGCGCGCAUCUACGUGGCCAACGGGGACCUGUUCGGACUGAUGGACGAGGAGGACGAUGGCAGCCGCAUCCGCGAGCACGAGCUGCUCUACCGCAUCAACGCGCAGAUGAAGGCCUUCCGCAAAGAGCUGCAGACCUUCAUCGACCGCCUUGAGGUGCCCAAGUCCGCGGACGACGCCGGCGCCGAGGAGCCCAUAUCCGUGAGUCAGAUGUUCCAGCCUAUCAUUUUACUUAUUCUCAUUCUUGUAUUAUUUUCAUCACUUUCUUACACAACAAUAUUUAAACUUGUCUUCCUUUUUACACUGUUUUUUGUACUGUAAAUCUUUCAUCAUUUACCAUUCAUUGUAGUAUUUUCAGUUUGUUUGUUUUGUUCACCCUUCAAGACAAGAAGUAAAAGAAGUAUAAUUUCUGUAGUAACCAAUGCUAUAAAAACACUGAAGACUGCUUAUUUCUUUAAAAAGACACAUCUUACCACUACUAAAUUCAAUAAGAAGCCUGAGCAUUAAAUGUUUCAGGUAAGGGAGUAAGUAUGACUUCUCUUUUUAUAAAUCAUUUUAAUUUUUACUUCUUUCUUUUACAUCUUGAUUUGCACUCUUCUUAAAUCACUGUAAGAAUGACUGUAAAAAUUGUCUAGGUCUCUCAAUUAUUUCUCAGUAUUUGACUAUUAUGAUAAUUCAAAAGCUGGACAUUCACAAGUUGGUCACAUCUUAGAAAAUAUAUAGAUUUAUAAAGUACUUUUGCUAGGUUGCAUCAGACUAACAACAUAAUUUUGAUAACCAAUAAAUAUCAAUGAAAAUUAUAGUGAACAAAUGAAAUGUGACCAUCAUGGGAACUAAACUAUUUAUUGUGAUACUGAUGGUGUUCUGUCUAAAAAGAUGCGUUUGGAAGCAUGAGAGUGGAUUAGGCCUUAGUUUCUCUUAUUGAGAAAGUAAUUAUCUUCAUCCUACUAUAUUUGACCAGUUUCAGCCAUUCCAACUAAACCAACCAUUUCUGCAUUUACCUGUUAUACUUGGAGCCGUAUAUUGCUAAUCAACCUUUUGCCUGGAGUCCUGUCCUCUAUAAUAGGUUACCACACAGAACUGCUUCUGGAGCAGGAAAUAUGCUAAAAAUACAGUAUAUUAAAUAUUUUGAGUAGGGAAAAGAAUAGUCAUUCUGUAGAAUUUCAUUAAAUCACAGUCCAAAGCCAGUAGCAUAGUUCCAGUGGGAGUUGUUCUCUAGACAAACUUACUUUGGUGAACCUCAACAUUACCCUUUCUCCUCCUACCUAAAGUGGCCUGGAUAGGUUUCCUGUACCCAAAAGGUCCUAUUCUGUCAACCUUAUUGGCAAUUUACAGAGUGGAAAGCUGGACUGCACUACUGUCAGCUUAUACCAAGGUUAUAGUAAGCCAUGUGAUAAUAGCUGUAUAGAAUCAUCAGUUGUCUAGGUUUUAGUAGACCUUAAAGUUCCAGGCAUUCAGUGGAUAUCCGUAUCCUCUCUAGGGCAUUUCCACCUUUGUCAUACGGCCUUUGCCACAAGUCCUCUAAUGACAAAGCAGUUCUCUUUCUACUCUGGUGAUAGUGUUAGAAAACUCCCCUUUCAUUCAUACAGUUGUUCAAAGCAAACAAUAUCAGAGAAGACAAAUAGGAAUAAUACAUGACAGAAAGGAGAACCGAGGUCAAUAUUGUGUGUGUGCAGGGUCGCACACACACUUGGAGAUACAGACACAUGUGAAUGCUGAAUUAAAGCCUCAAGAUGAUCUGACACACACACCCUAACAAACCACCACUUUGUCAUUAUAUGGUCAUCUCUGCCACAAAGCUUCCCCAUGUGAUCCACAGAGAGGAUAUGGUGUCCCAGCAAGAAUGAUGGAUGCCAACUGAUUCUACCCUCCAAACCCAGACGAGAAAGCAUACACAAAGAGAUGUGAGAAUGGAGCAAAAGGAUAGAGCAUGGAUCCUUUGUCUACUUAACAGACAUUUUGAAGUGUCCCUAUGUUAGAUAUAGAGGAAAUUGAGGUUCAGUUUCUACUUUUUCACAGCUUUCAAUUGAUUGAUUAACCAGGACAGACAUGUAAACAGCUAACUCUGACAUGUACUCUUAUUGAAGUGCAAAAAAAGGUUUGUGGUUGCAAUUUAUUGUUCAUUGCAUACCUGAGAGCAUGUUAGAUUUCCCUAAGAGAACACAAUAAAAUCCCUAGGCAUUCUUGGAUGGAAUAAUACCAUAAAUCAAUGCAGGGGUGGUACAUAUACCUCAACAAUAUCUUGUGACCUGAACAAGAAAGGAGAUGCUAACCAAGGGAUGGCUGGGCUAACCAAAACACCAGCCUUGCCCUCAGAUCUCUUGUGAGGAAUUAAAGUCAUCCUGGCAACAAGGGUAUUAAUCUUACCUAUGGCUUCCUAAGGCAUUGACUUUAUAGAAGAAUUUCAUGACAAUUUUGAACUCCAUCCAGGCUCUUCUUAUAUGCAACCCCAGUAAGAUAAUGAUGAGGGGAAACAGGACGGACUUGGAGCCUCUUUCCAACUGUGCUCUACCCACUGCAUAGCCAGCUUCUCAAUUUGUGCCUGUGUGUAUGUAUGCACACACCUCUACACACUGUGGUGUACAAUAGGAAAUGCACCUAGUGUCAGAGAAUUCAGACCUGCAUCUAUCUUAGGGGACUGCUGGGGGGCGGUAGUUGGAAGGUGGUCUCAGCAAAUUGCCAGCAGGCACAAGGUGACCUUGUCCCUUGCCUUUUUCUCCCUGGAACUUUAGGCUGUUCUAUGAGCACCAGGGAUCUAGGGUGCAUCUCUCCCUUACACCACGGGGCAUAGUCAUGGGAAGAAAAGUUAACAAAGAUGGCACCCAAGACCUCAGAAAGAGAAUCCCCAAUAUCUCCUUCCCCUCCCCUUUGAUCCUGUUCCUUGCAUUAUCUUUGUUGUAUAAAGCUAGCUCUAAAAGAGGAACACCCAGGCUUCUUUGUUCAUGAAGAAAACAAAAUCCUCCAGUUAUUGAGACAAGGAAUCUUCUCAUAUUUGCACCUUUGAAUCUGUGCUAUUUAAACAUCACACUGAAAAUAAGUUCAAACAAACAAAAAAUUCCUUUGUGUGCACAUUCUUGGGUGUAGGAAGGAGUGUCUUUGGUAAUUUGGCCUAGAUUUAAGAAAAAAAAAAGAAUUCAAUUGGCUACUUUUAAGCAGAACAGGCUCAAACUCAUAAAACAAGGGAAAAUUCAGUGCUCAGCCUGGAAUGUGUAUUGGCUUGCAUUCUCCAGCCUUCAUUUCAAUCUGUGUGGUACAGUGGGAUAUGGUUAUUUCAUCAGCUGCCAAUGAAGUUUGGAAUGUCAAUUUGGUAGCUAAGCCUUAACUCUAAAUAUUCAUGCGGUGUUGGUAGCUAUAUUCUUAUAGAACCACAGCCCACUUUCCUCUGGUAGAGUCAUGCUUUGGGUGAGAUGCCCUAAUUGAAUAUAAGGAUUGAAGAGAAAGUGGUAGAGGAUAAUAUCAGAAAGUGGGACAAGUUGACAGCACUUUUAGGAACCACUUUCAAGUAGAGUGCUGUUAUAAUCUCGCUUGAUCAGAGAACAGGAGCAGCAAAGGCAACACUUGCCUGUUAAAAAUAAGGAAAAAUCUCCACCUUUCACUUGCCACUGUCAAACCAGGCUGUGAUGUCUCAAAGAACCUCAUCUUAUCUUAUGACUCAGAUGUUUGUUUACUAAGCUUAAAUGUAUUGACAUUUCUUGAUUAUUCAAUUUGUUACAAUUAUAAAAGGUUUUUUUAGUUCAUAGUUAUCUGAGUUUUCCUAUAGCUAAAUCAAAUACCAUGAAAAUCCAACAUCUGAAAAUAAAAUUGUAAGAUUUUAUAAAUUCAUAAAAUUUACUAUAAGAGUAUACAAUCAGUUGUGUUUAGCAGUUUUUCAGCCUUUCAAAAAAUAUUCAUGUAACUGUUUUGACUUGUGGUUGAGAAUGUUUCUUUGAAUGUUGUCUAAAUCAAAAUUUCUGUUUAGGGUAUUUCAAGUUCAGUUCAUAAUAUUUUGCUUUUGUUUUGAUUCUUUUUCUUUUAAAUUAUCAGAACAUUUUUAGGCAUAUUAGGUAAAUAAUUUAAAAGUUUUAUCUUGUACCAAGAUAGAUAUUAAAUAAACAGUACGUUGGAGGAUUGCACUAAUUGAAAAACUAGAGCCUUUCAGAAACGUUUAGAAGAGUUACUCAUUUCACAAAAUGGGAAGGGACCCUGAAGUAUUCAGGAAUGAUACGACUAUUUCAGGAGCUUUGUUAUACUGCCUACUCCAAAGAUGGAACUCUGGAAAUCAUUGAUUCUGAAAAAGUGUGCUUUACCUGUUUUUUUUCUGUAGUCUCUUCU